UCCAAACACGCGUACACACAAGAGAUAGACAACAUAGCACAGAUAGUAGUUGAAUUGAAUACAAAAUAAAAUUGGUUAUUUCAAUUUCCAAAUGCAUACAGUUCUGUAGUCUAUCAAGAAGAUCUGUCGUAGAUCAGUCUUUAUAGUUUAUUUCCUAGGAAAAUAUAAAUUUUUUAGAUUACGUAAAUUUUUAAGUGAAAAAAUUCCAUUGAAUCCGAUCACAUGCCAACGGAAUUUAUCGAAUCAGAAAAAAUAUGGAAGGCACCAGCUUUCAAGAUCAGUCCAUCUUGUCUUGGAAAGACAAUUUUGACAAAUCUCAGCCAAAGCGAUCCGAAAAGGAUUUUUGAAAUAAAUCAUGACAAUGGAACUCGACUUACUGUUCAGGAUAUUCGACAACAAACUAUAACCAUUGCUCAGAACUUAUUGGGUUUAGGUGUCGAAAAAGGGGACGUCGUUAUUUUGUAUUCAAAAUCGAAUGAAAGAAUUACUCCGAUCACGUUCGCCUGUUACACAAUCGGAGCACCUGUGAAUUUUUUCGAAACAAACCUUGAUCAUGAUGCCAUAAGCUAUAAUCUAGGAAUGCUUGAUCCAACUGUUAUCAUCUAUGAAGAAGAAUACAUGACUCAGCUCUUCACGGCCCUCAAAUUCAUAAAGCUUGAAAAUCUUAAACACAUCCUCAGCAUAGAUUCAUCGGAAACUAUUUCCGUCAAUGAGGUGCUCUUCCAACGAACUUCUAACAUCAAGAGCUUUCAGCCACCUGAUUUAGGAGACCCUACUAAAGUGCCAGCAGCUUAUAUGUUCACUGCAGGUGUCACUGGAAUGCCAAGGAUAAUUCAGCUUUCCCAUGCGAUGAUUAUUCAAGGCUUGUACAAUUCGUGGCAAGUUGAUUCAGAAAGUAGAGUCUUUUGUUUGAAUGAUCUGCGAUGGAUUUGUCAAGUCUUGCUUAUGAUGCAACCAGCAUUUUAUGGAUCCUUGAGGAUAUACAGUUCAAGGCCUGAAUAUGAUAAAAGAGCCAAAGAUGGAAGAGAUGUUAUAGCCAACUAUCGGGUAACGCAUUAUAUCGACGUUCCAAAGGGUUACUUAAGUGUCUUGCAAGCUACCGAAUUUUCCAGAGACCCUGCUUGUUUAAGUUCAUUGAGAUCAGUUUUGAUAGGUGGCGAAAGUGCUUCGAAGUCUUUGGUGGAAUACUCUGCAAAGAUUGUUCCCAGUUGUAAGGUCAUAAACGGGUAUAGAAUGACAGAAAUGGCGGGUGUAGUUGUUUCCGAUGAGCAUGUUAAGGAUGAUGAUGGAGCGGAAGGAGGUUCUUUAAAAAAUGGUCUUAUGGCAAAAAUAAUCGGUGAUAAUAAUGAAUCGUUAGGACAUAAUCAAAUGGGGCGAUUGUGCCUAAAAUCGGUAUUUCCAUUCUUGGGAUAUUUUAAAGAUGAAAAAGCCAAUAAGGAGUUAUUUUUGGAAGGUGGAUGGUUCGAUACGGGAGACUACUCGUAUAUGGAUUCCAAUAAUUCAUUGAACAUUGUCGCACGGUACGAGAACUUGGUGAGGUCUUCUGGAACAAUUUUAAUUCCAAGCGAUGUCGAAAAUAUCAUAAACAGUCAUCCAAAUGUUAUGACAUCGGCUCUAGUUGGACAUCCAAAUCUGAAAAAUUCCCAAGAAGAACUUGGAACUGUUUUUGUUGUAUUAAAGAGAAAUUAUUUUUCCAGUUAUAUCGAAGAAGAACUUAGAAAAUUAAUCAAAGAUAAGCUUACAAAAGAACAAUAUCAGAUUGUUAGGUAUUUUAAGAUAAUUCCAGAGAUGCCUUUGACGAAUUGUGGUAAAACUGAUAGAUGGGCUCUAAAGGUUUUGGCCAAUGAGGAGUCUAGAAUGUUGUGUUAAAUUUAAAUAAAUAAAUAAAUAGAUAAUUAAAUAAACAAAUAAUAUAUUUAAUCAAUAAUAAUGUUACAU